AUGGUGGACAGGUGAGAAAUUUUAUUUUUUGUUCAUUUUUUAGAUAAAACAAUCGACAAAUUUAUCCAUUGGACCUGAGGGAGAAAUUUUAGAUAGAAUUUUGGAUAUUUUUCCGCUUUUCUUGCGCAAAAUUUUGUGAGAUGUUGACCUGGCACGUAACGCUUAAUUCUACUGCUUUUUUAUAAGCUGCAGUUCUAUAGUAACACAAAAAAUAGAUAAACUGAGGUCAUGGAUAAUAUCGAGAUUCGGGCUAAAAUAUCUACUGGACCUUUUGGGUUUGUAAAUGUUCUGUCAAUUUCAGAUCCGUGCUACGUCGUGAAAAUACAACGAGGCUGGCCAUGGCAAGAACGGAGCAAUCAGUACGGACAAUUUCCCGCGUAGUUGAAUCAUUGUUUCCAUCUAAUCUUAUUAAUAAAAACUUUGUUGGUCUGCGGAUUGUGUUUCAGCUUGCUAAAGCGAUUGACCCUUGUUCGAAGGAAAUUUGUGGUUGGAGAUACCUAAAACUGAAGAAAACUGGACAACAGAAAGAACUGAACUAAACACCGAAUAGAUAAAUCAAAUACUCAACUUUUAUAACCUUUCGGAGCCUGAAAUUUCAAAUAGGUCCUGAAAGACGAAAAAAAUGUGAUUUUGCAAUUCUCCAUCAAGUACAACAUCAAUUUUGCACUUAUCUGAGGAUUCUCCAUGGGGUUCCUGAAAUUACGCGCCUUGUUCAGCACGUUUAUCAAUGAUUCUGGGCCAAUUGGCCAUUUAAAAUCCCCAUGAAGAUUUUACUCUCCAUUCCAAAAAUCGAGAACACAUCUAUGCAUUGAUAGUCCCGCCACGAAAUUGCCUGAUUACGCCGAUAAAAAAUCGGUUCAAAAAAUACCUUUUCUGGUCCUUUAAAUGUCAAGUGGUCUCUUCAGAAUGCUGAAAAUAUCAGUCUGUCGGGAAAACAAUGUGGAUUGUCGUGCCUUGGAAUCGCCUAUAGUGACUUUGCGACGGCUAGCUGAAUAUUAGGUCCACGAUUUCUGCGAGGCGAUACAAUUUUCUGCCACAAAUCCACAUGAUUUUUCCGACAUACAGAUAGUAAAAUAACAUCGGUCUGUCGGGAAAAUAAUGUGGAUUCGUCGCAUUUUGGAAUCGCCCAUCAUCGCUAUGCGACGACUAACCGCGGCUGGGGAUUUGGUCUCUCGCAAGCGGAGUCAUUUUUGCUGCGACGAAUUCACAUUAUUUUCCCGACAGACUGAUAUAAAAACUCCAAACCAAAGGUUAGAAUGCAAAGGUUGACCAGAAGUACAAAUAGUUUUUUGUAGCUCCAUGCUACAAAAAAGUGUAUGUAAAAUGCGUUCGUGUGGAAGGAUAUAAAUUGAAAAGAGGAUUUCUCAAACGCCAAGGUUUAUAUUUUCCUCAAUUUUUGCGUGUGUAGUCUGCCACAUACUGCUUGGCAAGUCAAGCCGAGGUAUCAAAAUAUUUUUUCAUUCUAUAAAAUGUCAAAUUUCUGCAUUUUCCGGCCUUAAAAUCUGCAUGGUCUCUGCAAAACGCGGGCUAAAAACCUCUGAGAAGGCCAAAAAAUUUCAUUCACGUCAAAUUACUUGAAAUUCUGGGCUCCAAAGUUCGAAAUUUUGCGUUUCUUCCAAGCUCCUGCUUCCUUGUCAUAAAUCAUUUUUUCCCUCUGUAAAAAGUGUUAUUGACAAAUUGUCUUCUCUGAAUUUUAGCUCUCAGUCUGUCGGGAAAAUACCGUUGGUUUGUCGCGUCUUGGAAUCGCCCAAUAUUGCUUUGCGACGGCUAGCCGCAGCUGGGAAUUUAGUUCACGAAUGCCACGAGGCGAGACAUUUCGGCUGCGACUAAUCCGCAUUAUUUUCCCGACAGACUGAUACUUACUACAUACAGUAGUUGACAGCGAAUUGUCAAUUUUUUUAUUUCGUAUGUAACUUCACUCAGACUCAACAGAAUUUGAUGAGACUAAGAGCGUUUAAGAGGCUGGGAGACACGCUUUAACCUUAUGAAAUUGUUUUAUUUCAUAUCGGCCACAGGCGUGGUAAAAAUUUCAAAAAAAAUUUUUUUGGGGGACAACGAAUUGUCAAUUUUUACAUCUUGAGGCAUAAGAUCUCAAUAAACCAGCAUAUAAAUACUAGAAUGGAGAGUAAUCAGUUGCCAGCAAUCAUAGAACAGCAUACAACGGGUUUCAGCCAUUAGUAUAAUCUCCUUCGCUUUCUAUAGGUCGGGCACUUGGGGGUGGACCAUGUACAAUAUAAUGUCAGCCUGGGGGCUUCCUAGGCCGAAAUUAUCUUAUAUUCCGGUUUUUUAUGGAAGAUUAUUGCAUAUAUUUAACACACUUGCACCGGAUUACAACUUGGAGGGGCUACGGGUCAAAAAUUCGUCAGAUAAUAUUAUUUUUGGUCAUUUAAACUCUGUGUUUCGCCCAAAAAUCGAUAAUUUUUUGCCGACAGGGGGCAUAGGUUCAUUUAAUCCUCCUUUACGGCCAAACUAACGGCAUUCUGCAAAUUAUUUCAUUACCUGUCUCGACGCCCUGAAAUUUCCGGGUGAGAUUCUGACGGUCCAAUUAAUUCUUGUGCCACACUAGGCUGAUGAGUAAAUUAAUGAUUUUAUUGCACGUCUUCUGCGUUUUUAAACGUUAAAACUAAUAUUUUUAAUGCUUGCAAAAAUCUCUAAUAUGCUAAUAAAAUGUCUUGGAAGUUGCAGGCUUGAAGAAAUAAGAAUUUUUCUGGGUGUUGCAAACCCGACGUGAAAAUUCAUGUAAAUCCAAAUAUUUCCCUCUGCAUACCUCUUCCAUGAGUGCUGGUACUGACAUGUGAAAGGCACUGAAUAUUUGUCUUUUAAUGUAGUUUGUUUUCAAAUAUAGAAGGUUUCUCCAACGAUCUUCAUGCGCGACAUUUUUUGAUUUUUGAUACUCUGACCAACAGUAUGAAAGGCCAUGAUUAACAUAUUCGAGGUAACAAGGCGCAAGUGUAACCCGUUAGGUGUAAUUUUUUGACUUGCCCUAGCGUAGUAAGAUGUAACCGCCCAUAAAAAACCGGAAUAUAAGAUAAUUUCGGCCUAGGAAGCCCCCAGGCUGACAUUAUAUUGUACAUGGUCCACCCCCAAGUGCCCGACCUAUAGAAAGCGAAGGAGAUUAUACUAAUGGCUGAAACCCGUUGUAUGCUGUUCUAUGAUUGCUGGCAACUGAUUACUCUCCAUUCUAGUCUUUAUAUGCUGGUUUAUUGAGAUCUUAUGCCUCAAAAUGUAAAAAUUGACAAUUCGUUGUCCCCCAAAAAACUUUUUUUGAAAUUUUUACCACGCCUGUGGCCGAUAUGAAAUAAAACAAUUUCAUAAGGUUAAAGCGUGUCUCCCAGCCUCUUAAACGCUCUUAGUCUCAUCAAAUUCUGUUGAGUCUGAGUGAAGUUACACACGAAAUAAAAAAAUUGACAAUUCGCUGUCAACUACUGUAUAUACUUAUUUUAUGGUUGCUCUUCAUUGACUUGCGCCUGACCUGUUAUUUUUUGUAAAACGGUUUAAUUCCUCUGGGUUGCUUGGCGACCCUCGAAAUAACAUCAGGAUUACCUAUGAAUUAACACCGACAAACCGGCAAUUAACAGCCCAUCCCUUCAGGCAAGACGAGGUUAGUUUCUUAUAAAACUUUGUAACGGACUCGUUUUCAACUCAAUCCAUUUUAUACAUCUUCCUUUCUUUGCUCCCAAAACUGAUGUUUCGUCUAUAAAAAUCUCAAAAUCGAAAGCUUUGAAUAUUUUCAGUCCGGAUGAAAAAGAUCACCGACUUCGUUGAGCGCUGUCGAAUGCAGGGAAAGAGCUUUGGCUGCAAUGAGACCAAGGUGAGGAGAGAGCAGCACAGGGCCGAGUUUUCGGAGGACGCCGAACACGAGUACCUUCAAGGGCCUUCGACCCGGAUCCAAGAGACCAAUGUUGAUGAUGAACCACUGGAUAUGGAGGGAAGCCGGUCUAGUUCCAGACAACAGGUCAGUUUAAAGGCGUGUUGCAAAUCGCGGCAGGGCCAAUGUGCUAUCUGAAAGUUUGCUGAAAAUCAUAGGGCGCAGCUCGCGUCUUGGGCGCAGCUCGAAAAGAAGUUGAAACUUAUGUCCGGCGAGCUGCGACACGUUGUUUUUCGGGCUGCGCCCUAUCUCUUUCGGCUAACUUUCAGACAACUUUCAGUUAGCACUAUCUGAAAGUUUGCUGAGAAUCAUAGGGCGCAGCUCGCGUCUUGGCCGCAGCUCCAAAACAAGCUGAAACUUAGCUCCGGCGAGCUGCUAAAGCUUGUUUCCGAGCUGCGCUCUACCUUUUUCAGCUAGCUUUCAACAAAUUUUCAGUUACGUAUCUGCCCCAAGUCUGAAAGUCCGCAGAAAAGACUUGGUCGCAGCUCGGAAAACAAUCUCGCGCAGCUCGCCUUGUUAGUAUCCGAGCUGCGCCCGAACUGCACUCAAUGGUUUGGCUCUUUUCCGAGCUGCGCCCUAUCAUUUCCAGCUAACUUUCAGAAACCUUUAGAUUGCGAAUUUGCACCAGUGCUAAUUUGUUUUUGAGUUUUUUCAGGUUGAAAUAAACUUUGGUCAUGCUGACGUCGCUUUCGGGUUGCAUAAAAAGAUGGCCAGCCUCGACAAGGCGUUGAGUCGGCGAACUGAAAGCACUGAUCAAGAGGGGGAGCAGCCACAAGAGCCGUCGGAGGAGGCGAAUGAUCGUUUAGAAAUCGACGAUAUUGUAAUUGAAAUCAGAGAUGACUUGGAGGAAAUUCAAGACAAAAAAGAUGACGAAUAA